AUGUCUCUCACACCAGACCCCAAAAUCCUCCAACGCUGCGUCGAACUAGCAAGAGAAGCCCUUGAAGCGGGCGACGAUCCCUUCGGAUCUGUGCUGGUAGGCGCAGACGGCAAGAUCAUCCGCGAAGACCGCAACCGAGUGAAUACAGGCGAGAACGGAGACGGGAAACGUGAUGGGACGCUACAUCCGGAAUUCACCCUCGCGCGUUGGGCGCAACUGAACCUCAGCGCCGAGGAGCGGGCCAAGGCAUCGGUGUACACUUCCGGCGAACACUGCCCCAUGUGCGCUGCCGCCCACGCCUGGGUGGGACUAGGGCCCAUUGUCUACGUCUCCUCGGGUGCACAGUUUGCAGGGUGGUUGAAGGAGUUUGGGCUAGGGGCGGGUGGGAAGGUCAAGCCGCUUCCUAUCAAUGACGUUGCGCCGAAUAUUCGGGUACAAGGUCCGAUUUCUGGACUUGAUGAAGAGGUCAAGGCUUUGCACAAGAGGAGAUUUGAAAAGUCCUCAUGA